CCGCACGCCCGCCCGCCCAAUUUCCAUUUCCGUGUCGUGUGGUGAGAAGAAAGAGGGAGAGAGGGAGAGUCAAGUCAGUCAGUCUUGCUUGCUUUGCCUUGCUACCUGCUCGACGAUUCCCUUUGGCUCUUGCUCUCGCUCUUGCUCUUGGUCUUGCGGUGCCUUUCUUGUGCCUCCUACUACCUCCUGUGGCUCUUCUUGCUGCUGCAGUACCUACGCUGGAAAUAGCUACUGGUGGAUCUUCAUUGCUAGCUGGGAUCACAAGCAAGCUCAAGCCCAAUCUCACGCUCGAGACGAAGAUGGUGUCCUUCAACUGUCACUCCUGCAACGAUACUCUCAAAAAACCCAAACUCGACUCUCAUUACCACUCACGCUGUGGAGCUCCUUUUGACUGUCUUGAUUGCUCUACAACUUUCUACAGUCCAGAGGAAUGGAAGAGUCAUACGAGUUGUGUUAGUGAAAAGGAAAAAUAUGGAAUGGAAAAGGGUGGUGGUGGUGGUGGGGCCAAAGGGAAGGGAGCAAAGGGUGGGAAGAAGCAGCAGGUAGAAUCAGCAUCGGCACCAGCACCAGCACCAGCACCAGCACCAGCUCCAGAGCCAGCACCGGAGCCACUUCCAACCCUAGCUCCACCAGCCACAUCACCUCAAUCAAGUUCAUCCAAUCCCCUCGAUCCUUCUUCUUCUUCAAAGUCAAAGGAUAGUCAAGAGGGUAAAAAGGAAAAGGAAAAGACCAAGAAGCGAAAGAUUGAAAGUGCAGUAGCGGCCGUCGAGGUAGGACCUUCUACUUCUGCUGCUGCUAUUGCUGCAACUGCUGAUAAUGCUACUGCUACUACUACCGAGGAGAAAGACGAGGGUGAGGGUGAGGGUGAGAAGAGGAAGAAGGCAAAGAAGGAAAAGAAGGCAAAGAAGGAAAACAGUUCCGGCUCGGAUGGUUCAGCAACACCGGCAGCCUCAACCCUAAGUACAACUACAACCACAAAUCCAACCACAGCUACAGCUACAGCUACAGCUACAGCUCCACAAGGUCUGCAAGGUCGACUCCUCAAACUCCUCACUACUUCCUCCGGUUCUUCUAGCAAAACUCCUCUUAGUCUAGAAGAGGUUCUGAUUGCACUUGUGCAGGCUCAACCGGGGAGUAAAGAGAAGGAAGUUCGCAAAGAGCUAUUGAAGGGAAUCGAGGUGCGGCUGAUUCCUGGAAGUGGUGCAAAGGAUGGAGAAGUGGGAGAGGUGACGCUGGGUUGGCGGUGAUCAAGUGAAAGGGGAGUUGGGGGAUACUGGAUUCUGAAGAAGAGAUGACUGUAUCUAGGCAAGGCAAAUGACAGGGCACUCGAUGUAUUACAGUACAAUUUGCGUUGCGUCAUUCGAUCCCCCGUUAUCCCGUAUCGUCUAGCCAAAACCUCUCCAACUCCUUCUCGAUGCCUCUCAAUCUGCCACGACCACCGACCGUAGGCUGUCUCCAGUCCCCCUCUUACUCUACGAAGUUCUCCCCAAUAAGCCGGUAGACGUAGCUCCCCGGGAACUCUCCCGUAUUGGUGAUCAGUACAUCCACCCCAGCCGGCUCAACAUAGUCCCACUCAUUC